CCAGAUAUUGCUGACAUAGCAUCAACAGACAGCAUGCAGGGUGUGGAUGACGUCAGGAGAGGAGCAGCAGGGGGUUCUGCCUACAGUGUUCUCACCUGGCAAGGUGACAGACGUGAGGAGUCUGGGGAGGAGUCCUGUAGGAGAGACAAGGGUGUGAGAGUGUACAGAUGUGAGGAGUGCAGCAAGGCGUUCAGUAGGCUGGACAGUCUGAAGACUCACAUGCGGACUCACACAGGGGAGAAACCCUACAGGUGUGAGGAGUGCAACAGGCAGUUCAGUCAGCUGAAUAGUCUGAAGAAACACAAGGGGACUCACACAGGGGAAAAACCUUACCGAUGUGAGAAUUGUAACAGGCAGUUCAGUGAGCAGGGAAGUCUGAAGAAACAUAUGCGAACUCACACAGGAGAAAAGCCCUACAGGUGUGAGGAGUGCAGUAUGCAAUGCAGUCAGCUGAGUGAUCUCAGGAAACACAUCCGCACUCAUACUGGUGAGAAACCCUACAAAUGCGAGAAUUGUGGCAAGCAGUUUGGUAGAAUUGAUGUUCUGAAGAAACACAUGCGGACUCACACAGGGGAGAAGCCCUACACGUGCGAGAAGUGUAGCAGGCAGUUCAGUAAGCUCAGCCAUCUGAAGACUCACAUGCGCACUCAAACAGGGGAGAAGCCUUACAGGUGUGAGGAGUGUAGCAGACAGUUCAGUCAGCUGGGUGAUCUGAAGAUUCACAUGCGGACUCACACAGGAGAAAAACCCUAUAGGUGUGAGGAGUGCAACAGGCAGUUCAGUGUGCUGAGUAGUCUGAAGAAACAUAUGCGAACUCAUACAGGAGAAAAACCUUACCAGUGUGAGGCAUGCAGCAGGCACUUUAGUGAGCUUGGUACUCUUAAGAGACAUAUACGCAGUCACACAGGAGAGAAACCGUACGGGUGUGAGGAGUGUAGCAGGCAGUUUAGUCAGCUGAGUGAUCUGAAGAGACACAUGCGCACUCACACAGGGGAGAAACCCUACAGGUGUGAGGAGUGCAGCAGGCAGUUCAGUCUGUUGGAUCAUCUGAAGGUUCACAUGCGCACUCACACAGGGGAGAAACCUUACAAGUGUGAGGAGUGCAGCAGGCAGUUCAGUCAGCUAGGUGAUCUGAAGAAACACAUGCGCACUCACACAGGUGAGAAACCUUACCAGUGUGAGGAGUGCAGGAGGCAGUUCAGUCAUAUGAGUAGUCUGAAGAGGCACAUGCGGACUCACACAGGGGAGAAACCCUUCAGAUGUGAGGAGUGUAGCAGGCAGUUUAGUCAGCUGGGUCAUUUGAAGUCUCACAUGCAGACUCACACAGGGGAGAAACCCUACAGGUGUGAGGAGUGCAGCAGGCAGUUCAGUCAGCUGAGUGAUCUGAAGAAACACAUGCGGACUCACACAGGGGAGAAACCCUACAGGUGUGAGGAGUGCAGCAGGCAGUUCAGUCUAUUGGGUCAUCUGACAACUCACAUGCGAACUCACUCAGGGGAGAAACCAUACAGGUGUGAGGAGUGCAGCAGGCAGUUCAGUCAGCUGGGUGAUCUGAAGACUCACAUGCGGACUCACACAGGGGAGAAACCCUACAGGUGUGAGGAGUGUAGCAGGCAGUUCAGUAAGCUAAGUAAUCUGAAGUCGCACAUGCAUACUCACACAGGAGAGAAACCGUACAGGUGUGAGGAAUGCAGUAGGCAGUUCAAUCAGCUGGGUCAUCUGAAGACUCACAUGAGGACUCACACAGGGGAGAAACCCUACAGGUGUGAGGAGUGCAGCAGGCACUUCAGUAAGCUGAUCAAUCUGAAGAGACACAUGCAGACUCACACAGAGGAAAAACCUUACAGGUGUGAGGAGUGCAGCAAGCAGUUCAGUAAGCUGAGUAAUCUGAAGAGGCACAUGCGCACUCACACAGGGGAGAAAUCCUACAGGUGUGACGAGUGCAGCAGGCAGUUCAGUCAGCUGGGUGAUCUGAAGACACACUUGCGCACUCACACAGGGGAGAAGCCUUACAGGUGUGAGGAGUGCAGCAGGCAGUUCAGUAGGCUGGGUCAUCUGAAGAGUCACAUGCGCACUCACACAGGGGAGAAACCCUACAUGUGUGAGGAGUGCAGCAGGCAGUUCAGUAGGCUGGAUAGUCUGAAGAGUCACAUACGGACUCACGCAGGGGAGAAACCCUACAGGUGUGAGGAGUGCAGCAAGCAGUUCAGUAGGCUGGAUAGUCUGAAUACUCACAUACGGACUCACACUGGGGAGAAACCCUACAGGUGUGAGGAGUGCAACAGGCAGUUCAGUAAGCUUAGUGAUUUCAAAAGACACAUGCGGGCUCACACAGGGGAGAAACCCUACAGGUGUGAGGAGUGCAGCAAGCAGUUCAGUAAGCUGAGUAAUCUGAAGAGGCACAUGCGCACUCACACAGGUGAGAAAUCCUACAGGUGUGACGAGUGCAGCAGGCAGUUCAGUCAGCUGGUUGAUCUAAAGAGACACAUGCGGACUCACACAGGGAAGAAGCCUUACAGGUGUGAGGAGUGCAGCAAGCAGUUCAGUAGGCUGGGUCAUCUGAAGAGUCACAUGCGCACUCACACAGGGGAGAAACCCUACAUGUGUGAGGAGUGCAGCAGGCAGUUCAGUAGGCUGGAUAGUCUGAAGAGUCACAUACGGACUCACACAGGGGAGAAA